AUGGAUGACCAACAACAACAACAACAAAUAAAUACAACAAAUUCUUCUCACCAAAUUUUAUCUCCCCCAAAUACAACAACUACAGCAUAUACACAAUUAAGAAGUGUAGUAGCCCCACAACAAUCAUCAACAACAACAGCGACAAACUUUUCUCCUUUACAACAACAAUUGGGAGGAAAUGAGGGUUUUGGACACCAAGUACAACAACAAACACAGCAACAAAUAAAUAAUAAUAAAAAAAUUAUUUAUUCUCCACAACAUAACAAACAACAACAGUGGAUGAAGAACCCAAGUCCUUCAAUGGCAGCACCCCCAACUCCUCUCCAUCACUACCAACAACAAUCACAGCAACAACAACAAUUUAUACCUUUGCAUCACUCACAAUCUGAACAUUCAAUUUUACAACACAAUUCGCCUACAAUUUUACAACAAUUAAAUUCAGCCCCGUUGGCUACAACAAAUGUUUCUACAACAUCCUCUCCUUCAAAUGAAAGCGUUGAACAACGUCAACAACAACAAAUUUCGAACAAACAAAAUUAUAUUCAGCAACAACAAUUUCAACAAAAACAUCGUCCAAUAGAAAUGUUGUAUUCUCAAAACAACAAUAGAAACAUUCCUCUCCAACAUGAAACUUCAGAAACUCCAACAGAUAUUGGAACAACAAACACUGGAAACAUUGUUUUACAACUACAACAAAACACGCAGCAACAACAAAAUUAUCCUUCGAGUUCAUCAGGACCUAUUCGUAUAAAACAAACAAAGUUUGUAGUUAUGAACUUAUUAAACAUGGGAAAAACAUUUAUUGAAACAUUUAUUAGAACAUGA